UUGGUAUUUGUCAGCUGUCAACACUGUCAACUAUAAAGCUAAACGAAAAAUUAAAAAAAAUCCAAAAAAUCCUAAGGAUUGUGGGAAGGUCAUUCGAUGUUGCGAUUUUCGAAGAUGCGAACGAAUAAGAGCCACUGACCCAAAUAAUGCCGUCUUAAGAACCGAAAGAAUUGUAUUACCUAGCCUACAAAUCCUUGUAGGAAUGGAAGACGAAUUAGACGAUAAAAUCAUUUACCAAACAUAUGUGUCUCACGUGAAAAUUAUGUCCCGCAUAGCAUGGGGUGUACCCUUAAAGUUGUCCCAUAUAACCUUUACGUCCCAAAUUUGGAGGCUAAUGAAAUUAUAUGUGUUAAAACCCGAGUUUAUAAUGCUCGGGGCUGUGAUCGUAUUUAUUUUGGUUUACAUGCAAGCAGUUGAUGUAUGGAGUCGUAAUUUGCUAGGGAGGCUGCAGUAUACCAUCCACAGAGCAGGAGCAAAGUCUAAGGCGGAUAAACUGAACUUCUUCAGUAACACCGAUGUAGAGAAGGCCAGUUGGCAGAUGAAGGUAGGGGCCAUAGCGGCAUAUGCAGUGCAAGGCAGGAGACCCAAGAUGGAAGAUAGAUUCGUUAUCAACGAUAAUAUUAACAACACAGGUGUUGCCCUUUUCGCGGUGUUUGAUGGUCAUGGUGGCGAAUUUGCUGCCAAUUUUGCCAAAGAAAAAUUAACUCAGAACUUGUUCAACAGAGUUAUUGAAAUUAAGGGAUUAAUUACUGGGAAAGAGGCUCCACCAGCUAUAAAACACUACGAGGGGGAAGAGAAGAAAGAUCCCGAGAAACCAGUAACUCCGACAUUGCCUGAACGCAGGAAGAGUUUUCGUCGUACUAGUUCCACGACAGACGAGUGUAUUAAAGGUGCCAAAGAGAUAACCGACUUAGAGUUGUUGAGUAAACUAGACAAUAUCAAACCCAUCACACGUGAUUCCAGACCACUGAAGCUCACUCCUAGUUUCAAGAAGCAACCUGCUACGAGCUAUUUCGAUAAAUUCGGCACCGUUAACUACGGGAAACUGAUCACUGACGAAGUACUAGCCGCCGACGAAAGGUUGGUAGAAAUUGCAAAAAAAAGCUUGGACGUUGCCGGGACCACCGCCUUGAUAGCAAUGCUGGAGGGUCACCGAUUAGUCGUGGCGAACGUCGGAGACUCCAGGGGCGUGAUGUGUGACGGUAAAGGUAACGCAAUUCCCUUGUCCUUCGACCACAAGCCCCAGCAGAUGCGAGAACGCAAACGGAUUAAGGAAGCGGGCGGUUUCGUAACUUUCAACGGCGUGUGGAGGGUGGCGGGCAUCUUGGCCACAUCCAGAGCCCUAGGGGAUUACCCGUUGAAAGAUAAAAAGCUGGUGAUCGCAGAUCCAGACAUUUUAACGUUCGAUUUAAGGGACCACAAGCCGUCGUUUCUUAUACUCGCAUCUGAUGGGUUGUGGGAUACGUUCUCGAACGAGGAAGCCAUCACUUUCAUAAAGGAACGACUGAACGAACCCGAUUACGGUGCUAAAAGCCUGACUUUACAGUCUUAUUAUAGGGGAUCGUUGGAUAACAUAACGGUCAUAAUAAUUAAUUUUAAGGACAACGCCUACAGUUCAUUCGGGAACGGGACCGAUAAAAAUACUUAAGAGACGUUUGCUGGAUUAUUUGGGGGAUAGUGUUACACUGCUAUUUUUAUAUAAACGUGUGCUCAUUUAACCGUAGGAGUAAUCAAAAUUUUUUAAUGGCCAGUAAUGUGUCUUGUAUAUCGCUGUGAUUUAAAUAUCGUAAGUAGGGUCGUUCUGGAUACGAGAUUUUCCGUAGGUACUCGCAAAUGCAAAUAUUAACAAAUAACUAUAAAUAAAUCGAGAACAUUCAGAACAUCCCUAAUCGUACAGUUUAUUUUUCUUUUGUCUAUGACAAAAUAGUUAGAUCUCUGUAUUUCUCUCGCUACGUCCUUUCUUCUGUUUUCAAAUUGCCGACUACCUUAAAAAAAAAAAACAAAAAAAUAUCGGUGGUUUGAAAAUAAAAAUCAUGUUAAAGUUGCAUCGUUGUUGGUCUACAAGUAUUUUUGCUCAAUAUUUAUAGGAUAUUGUACCUGUUUUUAUUAGUGUAUUGUACACCGUGUUUGUUUUGUUUGGGGCGAACGAUUCUAGAAAAAAAAAUCUUUCCGUUGAAUUAAACGAAUUUCGUCAAAGUUUAAAAGAGCUCUUGGACCGCACUCAAACAAAAUAAACACACUCUAUAUAUAAAGUUGUUGGUGUUGCCUUUUAAAAUAAAUGUUAAAUGUAUUAUUUCCGUUACUUCAAAAAUAAACGGUACCCAUAAAAAACAUCCGAUAGAGCGUUGUAGUGGUGCCAAAGGAACCGUUAACUAAGCGUACGACUGUAAGGUUUGUUCCGUUUGUUAUUUGCUGUGUAAUAAUAAAAAAAAUACGUUAAAAACUU